CACUCACUUAUUAUAAAAUGAGAGAAAAAGGUAGGGUUUCAAGUCUUUCAGCAAUAUAGCAUCUCCUGAUCCUAAUGAAAACGGUGCAUUACAACGACUCGAGAAUGAAGCAAAGCAGAUGUGAGGAAUAAGUAACCUUUCCUACACUAAGUAAAUAUUGAGAAUAAAAAGUGAAAAAUGGUUUUCUUCAUUUUCUUGUUCUAGGAGCAUCGUGGAUACGAUGAGCCCUCAUCUAAAGACACCAUUCUUGGGCUCACCGCGGAACAUGUGGGAUUACAGCUGAGAGUAAAGGUACAAUAUUAUACAGACUGAUACAAUGAAUAAGAGCACUUGCAUGAUCUUUUUGGUCACUGUGCCUUUAUUGGGCGUGAACCGUCCAAGCCGUCAUCAAGUUCUCCCAGUGGAAAUGUUCAUCUCACUCGCCUCAGUUCUCAGCACGUUAGCAUUCAAAAUAGUAAUUGGGUGGACAAUCUUCCCAUUGACCGAUCCUAUUGAAUGUGCCUGUCGCUUCACAAUAUACCGUGUCAAAGAGAUCGGGAACCUGGGCGAUCUUGAUCGAGAACCUCUCCUUGGCAAUGUACAUGUGAAGCACUACCCUGGAGGGCCUCUGAAGAUCCAUGGAUCUUCAUAUCUUGCCGAGCUUCACAGGGCAGUGGUAUAUAAGCAAGCAUGGUUCUUUAGUCAAGUCAAUGCAAUACUUGCGCCUCUUCAGUUUGUAGCUACAAGACAUCAUGAAUGUUCGGUCUGGAAGUCAGUCAUUCUGAUUCUAUAUUCGGUCUUAACUGUGAAGAAAAUCGAUCAACUGCCGAAUAACCCAUUCUGAAGAGAAUUGUACUCAUACACGCGGACGCUUCUCGUUACUUGGUGCUUCAUCAGUUAGCUCUAUUCUCAUCUGCGUGAGGCAUAUAGUUUUGGGAGGAGCUGCGAAAGGUUUCAAA